CACUUGAGUCCUAGAGAUAUGUAAAAUUCACUGAGCAGCAAACGAGACUGCACAGAAAAAUCAUUGAUCAAAGCAUUUAUGUUCCAUCAAACAAAGAAAGGCUUAGCAAUCUUCAGCUAUUCCAAGUCAAAAAGCCUUAUAGCAUAAGAUUAAAGUAUUGAGACUAAAUUAGUGAAGUUAGACCAAGCCAAAAUGGAUAAUUAAAUUAAAUACAUACAAACUUAAUCAAUGAUCCAGUGACAAAAUAUAAUAAUAAUCUAAGGAAAAAGACAAUUAGCAAAGGUGUUUUCUAUCCAAGAAGGUAAACUUCCACGAAACAAUGGAACAAUCACUAUCCCUUGUUCCCUAAGCUUGAGUGCUUGACCCAAAACAUUUCAAGUCAUUUCACAAUAUAAAACAAUAAAACUGAAGAACUCAAAACCAAAGAAUCGUCAUAAAUAUCACAGAACCAGCUUUAGCCUCAAAGUCACUAACCUUUUGAAUGGCAGCAUCAUCAUCUUCUUCUCAAGUCAGAUUCAUAGAAAAAGCCCUUCUCGCCACCGGUUCAUUUGCUCUAUCCUACACAGAUCCUGAUCAAAAAUGGCUCAUCAGAAAGCACCUAACUUCACUACUCCAAGAUUAUCCAAACUUCGAGCUCUCAACCGAUAUUUUCAAUCACAACAACGGCGCCAAAGUUCAACUCUUUUGCCUUGAAGGAUCUCUAGGUAUUCGAAACUCCACUACACAACUCCCAGCCGUGCAAUUAACCAUUUGGAUUCACGAAAACUACCCAUUAACGCCUCCUCUGGUGUUUAUAAACCCUAAUUCAAUCCCAAUUCGCACCAACCACCCAUUCGUCAAUUCUUCAGGAUUCACAAACUCUAGAUACAUCGAAACAUGGGAACACCCACGAUGCAAUUUACUCGAUUUCAUUCGAAACCUCAAGAAAGUUCUCGCUAAUGAUCACCCAUUUCUACACACUGAAUCAAUCCCAACUCGGAAUCAAUCAGUUUCGAGAACCGAAGCCUUAGAUCGAUUAGCUACGAGUCUCCACUACGACGUUCUAACAAUCAUGGAGAGAUCAGAGGAAGAGAUUGAAAACCUAUGGAAACUUCAAUCAGAGGUGAAGCAAAGAUCUGAAUCGGUUAAAACAAUCAUCAAUGAGCUUGAGAUGGAGAGAGAGACAUUAAAGGUGAGAGCUUUAAAUCUCAAAGAUGAUUCCGAUGUUUUGGCCACAUGGGUGGAGACGAACUAUGAUACGUUGAUGAAAGCGACGUCGAUGGAUAUGGGAAUCGAGGAAAUGUUUGAAAUUGAACCGGAAGUGGAGGGAUUGGCGGGAGAUGACGCCAUUGAAGAUGUGUUGAGAGUACUGGAAGAAGCUGCGGAGAGAGGAGAGUUGGAGAUAGCUUUGUAUCUAAAGCAAGUGAGAGUGUUGGCCAGAGAACAAUUCUUCAUUAGGCAUUAUCGUUUAAAACUCGAAUUUCCAUAUUUGAGUAUGUUGUGAAUUUUUUUUUUUUUUGUAUAUAGUAUUUGAUGGAUUUCAUCAAAAGAUAUAUUUUUACUCAAAAUUGUCUAAA